AGCAGUCUUACUUGGCUGCAUUCUCUUUUUUACCCACUAUAGGAAUCUGCAACUGAAGAGAAUGAAGGGUAUUUAUACUACAUGGACUUUGCAGUAUCUGGCUUUGUGCGUAAUAGCUGUAAUGUUCUGUUCCACACAGGGUUCGGUAAGGACAAGCAAUCAAGAUGUGGAAUUAGGAGGCAAUGUCACUUUGAGAUGUACUUCAUUACAACAUUCUAAUAUUUACCAAAUUACAUGGACAAAAAAAAAGAAGGGAAAUGAUGAAAACAUUGCAACAUACAAGGAAGAUACAGGUUCAACUGUUUUAAAAUACAAAGAUCGAAUCAAUUUUAUAGUUUGGAGCCUUCAUGAUACUGCUAUUAAUUUAUUGAAUGUGAGCACUGAAGAUAAUGGUUGCUAUGAGUGUGCAUUUCUUUUGUUUCCUGAAGGGCCUAUCAAGGGACAACCCUGCCUUUCUGUUUAUGAUGAUCUCAAAACAUCUACAGACUACAACAUCUCUGAUAAUCAUUUGCAUGCCAACUGUUUAUCAACUGGUUUUCCAAGACCAAACAUUUCAUGGUUUCCAUCAGGAGGUGUAAAGAAAGAAAAGGAUAUCACAAACCCAAAUGGCACAUUAUCGGUCAUAAGCAACAUUUUUGUAAGCAUGUCAAAUGUUAAACAAGGGCUGACUUGCCACAUUUCUCACAGAGGAAAAAUGAUAAGCAUUGAAGUGCUAAAAAAAGAAAAGGAACGUACAAAAAAGGAUUUUCCUGUGAUACCAGUUGUAUUGGCUUUGAUUCUUGUGAUCCUGGUUAUUGUUGUGGGUGUAUGCUGCUGGAGACGACAAAGGAAAAAACAUAGAGGAUUCUAAGGGAUUCAAGCAGCACCAGUUUACUCUAUGGAAUUGAAAAAACAAUCAACCAUGCACAUUAUGAAGGCAGCAACAGUUUAAAUGAAUAUGUGGCCCAAGUCCUGCUUCUCUGCUUGCCUGCAAAAGAUGCUUACAUUUCUCUGUUGACAUAGUUGAGCCCUCCACAGUACAGUGAAAUGGAAUGGCUGUUAGCUAACAAAUCAUCCAGCUAAAAGAAAGAUUUCAAUAGUGACCCAAAAUGUUAGAGUUUUCAGUAAUAUUCAGGGGCCAAUUGUGAUCAUCCCUAUUCCUAGAGAUGUGGAAGAAUGGCUAGAUUAUCAAUUCUGGACCACUGAAUCAGAUUCAUGCUUGGUAGCUAAAAGAAAGUCUCUUCUUCUCUGCCUUCUUCUCUCCGUCCAGUACAACAUCAAAUAUAGAUUGACUACUGUUUAGAACUGAAAUUUUUUUAAUAGAAAACUUAUUUUAUAUUUCUUUUAUGGCAGCUCUGUCACAAGUGUUAAAGCUUUUAAUUCUUUGCCACAGUGCAGAGGUGGUAUUCAGCAGGUUCUGACCAGUUCUGGAGAACCAGUAGCGGACAUUUUGAGUACUUCAGAGAACCAGUGGUAACCUUCC